CGAGGCAGCAGGUUGCUGCGUGAAUGUGGCGCACGGAGCGUCGUCCUCCGCUGGGCCGGUGUACGGUUCGGACGGUGUGUCCGGCAUCCAGCUGAGAAUCGGGACUUAAUACGAAAGUGAAAAAUAAGUUCGUUUCCUGAGGCUACAACUUCACUGACUCACAGGCGGCUGCACCCAGAGGCUUGUAUGCACCUUCAGCUGUGACUUGGUUUGAACUCAGGCAUCAGAACACUCCAACCACCAUGCUAAUCCAUAAGCAUAUUCUGAACUACAGCCCGUCUUUCACUCCGUGCAUGUUUAUUUCCAUUCUGCUGGUUCUGCUCCCGGGAGUCACACAUUUCUCUCAUGGCAGUGACAACCAUGAAGACACGAGCGGAGCACCGGGCAACUGCUCCAGUGAAGACAACUGUUCUGAAGGAGUGGUGCUACCCCUGUGGAAUCCACAAAACCCUGCUGUGGGUGACAAGGUGGCACGAGCCAUCGUGUACUUUGCAGCUCUCAUAUACAUGUUCCUGGGGAUGUCCAUCAUUGCAGACCGCUUUAUGUCCUCGAUUGAGGUCAUCACCUCUCAGGAAAAGGAGAUCACCAUCAAGAAGCCCAACGGUGAGACGACGACAACUACAGUACGCAUCUGGAACGAGACGGUGUCCAACCUGACUCUGAUGGCACUGGGCUCAUCGGCUCCUGAGAUCCUGUUGUCCGUCAUUGAAGUGGUCGGCCAUAAUUUUGAAUCCGGCUCUCUGGGUCCCAGCACCAUUGUUGGCAGCGCUGCAUUUAACAUGUUCAUCAUCAUCGCCAUCUGCGUCUACGUUGUACCAGAAAAUGAAACCCGUAAAAUAAAACACCUGCGUGUGUUUUUUGUUACUGCAGCUUGGAGCAUUUUUGCCUACAUCUGGCUCUACCUGAUCCUGUCUGUGUUCUCCCCUGGAGAGGUGGAGGUUUGGGAGGCUGUCCUCACCUUCCUCUUCUUUCCUCUCUGUGUGCUACAAGCCUGGAUUGCAGACCGCCGUCUGCUCUUCUACAAGUAUGUUCGCAGGCGUUACCGUGCCGACAAGACCCGUGGUAUCAUCAUUGAGUCCGAGGGAGAUGCCAUGUUCACUAAAAUGGACUUGGAAAUGGAUGGCCAGGAUGUAAACUCACACACACACCCAAAAGAGGCUCUGGACGGAAUGCUAGAAGGGGAUGAGGAAGGUGGACUGAUGAUCACAGAGCAAGACCAAGAGGAAGAGGCCCGGCGGGAGAUGGCUCGAACUCUGAAAGAGUUAAAACAGAGACACCCAGAGAAGGAUAUGGAGCAGCUCAUUGAGAUGGCCAACUACCAAGUUCUUAUCCAGCAACAGAAGAGCCGAGCCUUCUACCGCAUUCAAGCCACACGCAUGAUGAUUGGCGCUGGCAACAUCUUGAAAAAACAUGCGGCUGACCAGGCCAGGAAAGUGGUGAGCUGUCAUGAGGCCAGUGGCCAAGAAGAGGAUCCAAAUACUAUCUAUCUCCAGUUUGACCCGUCUCAUUACCAGUGCUUUGAGAACUGCGGGUCAUUGAAGCUGUCAGUGAGCCGCCACGGAGGAGAAAGUGGCUGCACAGUGAAGGUGGACUACCGUACAGAGGAUGGGACUGCCAAUGCUGGAUCAGACUAUGAGUUUGCUGAAGGCACUUUGGUCUUCAAGCCUGGUGAGACCACAAAAGAGUUCACUGUAGGUGUUAUUGAUGAUGACAUCUUCGAAGAGGAUGAGCACUUCUACGUGCGCCUCAGCAACCCACGAAUCGUGCACCGAGCUGAGGUUUCCAUCCUUGAGCCCAGCUCCAUCACCUCCAGCAACAGCAUGGUGGGUAGUGUUAUCUUAUCACACGUGCCCCCAAAGGCAGCUCUGAGCAAAGCUCACAUGGCCACGGUGACCAUCUACGAUGACGACCACGCCGGCAUUUUCACAUUCGAGAGCAAUUCCACACGGGUCAGUGAGAGCAUUGGCAACAUGCAAGUCAAGGUUCAUCGGACGUCGGGGGCAAGGGGGAAGGUGGCAGUGCCUUAUCACACUGUGGAGGGAACCGCCAAAGCUGGAGAGGACUACGAGGAAGUGUCGGGCAAGCUGGAGUUUCAGAAUGAUGAGACCAUGAGGCUGUUGGAUGUGAAGAUCAUAGAUGACGAGGAGUACGAGAAGAACAAGACUUUCACCAUCAUUUUGGAGGAGCCCAUUCUGCUGGAGGUGGGACAGCGGCAUGGAGAUACAAAUGAUAACAAGACUGCUGUGGGGCCCGAAGAUGUUUCAAAAAUGGGUUGCCCUUGCCUGGGAGAGCACACAAAGCUGGAGGUGGUUAUUGAGGAGUCUUAUGAAUUCAAGAGCACAGUGGACAAACUGAUCAAAAAGACCAAUCUGGCCCUGGUGGUGGGGAGCAGCAGCUGGAGGGAGCAGUUUGUUAGCGCCGUCACUGUCAGCGCAGGUGACGAUGAUGAGGAAGAGAGCGGCGAGGAGCGUCUGCCGUCCUGCUUUGAUUACAUCAUGCACUUCCUGACCGUAUUCUGGAAGGUCCUCUUCGCUUUUGUCCCUCCCACUGAAUACUGGAAUGGCUGGGCCUGCUUCUUUGUGUCCAUCUCCCUCAUCGGCGUUCUGACAGCCGUGACCGGAGACUUGGCCUCUCAUUUCGGCUGUACCGUCGGUCUGAAGGACUCCGUCACCGCUGUGAUCUUCGUGGCUCUCGGCACUUCUGUUCCAGAUACAUUUGCGAGUAAGGUAGCUGCCAUCCAGGACCAAUACGCUGACGCUUCCAUUGGGAACGUGACUGGCAGCAACGCAGUGAAUGUGUUCCUUGGCAUCGGUGUGGCGUGGACCAUUGCAGCUGUCUACUGGAAGACCAAGAACCGGACAUUUAAGGUGGAACCGGGUUCCCUGGCUUUCUCUGUCACCCUCUUCACCAUCAUGGCACUUGUGUGUGUGAUGGUGCUGCUUUACCGCCGGCGUCCCAGUGUGUCAGGGGGAGAGCUCGGGGGUCCACGGACAGCCAAGCUUCUCACCUUCCUGCUGUUCCUCUCCCUGUGGUUCAUCUACAUCCUGUUGGCUUCCUUGGAGGCCUACUGCCACGUGCCUGGCUUCUGAGUCCCAGAUCCUCUCCUUGUUUUUACUGUCUCUUUUCUCUCUGUUCUUCUGUAUUUUCAUGAAGGUUUAUAAAUAUUUGUAUCAUUAGUUUUAGUAUUGAUACUGCACAGUAUCAAAUUGACUUUUGAAUCUUCUGACUUUUGAACUUUGUUAACCAACCCACUCUGGUGUGAAGGAAAGCUUUUGCCACUGAAACAGCACCUCUUACCACCACACGUCUCCUUUUUUAAAGGUGUCCAGACAACAUUUAUGUAAUCAUGCUAUUAGCUUAAAGCUACAGCGUGUAGGAUUUAGGGGUUUAUUAUUGUUUUGCACAUCAGCGAAGUGGUGAGCAAGGUAUUAUUUUCACUGGCAUGUGUGUGUCUGUAGACAAGAUAAAUCAAAAAGAGCUGGACAGAUUUCCAUCAAACUUAGUGGGAAUAUGGCUUUAAUAGAUAUCUACAGGUGAUUAGAUUUUGGAGUAGUUGGGUCAAAGAAGGUCAAGGGAAA